AGCAGUGACUCAUUCCUCAGCGCUCAGUGUCCCUGGGCUCCAAACUGCUGUGGGCAGGAGCCGCUGGGCACAAUCCCCCUCUCUGGACUGUUCUCUAUGUAUUCUCUACAGUCUGACACAGUGCUCCUGUUAAAUCUGCACUCAAAGAGGGUUUUUAUUUCACCCCUAGUGAUGCCUCAGGUUCAAGACGCGGCUUGUCCCCUUCAAGAAGGUGCCUCUUCUAACUUUGCAGUGAUUCAAGAUAUGGAGGGUGAACACAACUGGAAUGGUGAGAAUACAGAGGAGUCCCUGAGUCACCAGGAUGGAUCAGAAACAAGGAAGACCCUCAGAAAACAUCUGGGCAAUUGGUUCAGAUCCCGCCGAGGGCUGACUGUGCUCCUGGUGCUGUCUGUGCUCCUGAUUCUGGCUUUGGUGAUGGCUGUGGCUGUGCUGGCAGGUGAGGAAGGAGCAGCUGCCUCAGCACAGAGGCAGCUCUGGGCACAGGGCUGGGCUCCCUGCUCCCUGUGGAGGGGAAUCCUCAGACGUUCUCCCUUUCCUUCUUCAGAAAGACUUAGAGAGAUUCCAGUCACACCCGGGGCUCCAGAGUUUCUGGCUUGUCCCGAGGCCUGGGUCGGGUACAACAGGGUCUGUUACUACCUCUCGAGGGAUGAGGGGAACUGGGAGCAGGCUCGGGAUCGGUGCUCCAAGCUCGGGGCCUCCCUGGCCGUGCUCAGCGACAAGGAGAUGGGCUUCCUCUUCCGCCUCAAUGGCAACCUGGAUUACUGGCUCGGGCUCCAGAGACGGGGCGAGCGGCUGCAGUGGGUGGACGGCAGCAGCUACAACUCCUCGCUGGAGGUCCUUGGCAAUUCAGAGUGUGUGUACCUGGCAGACCAUAAACUCAGGAGUGAGAACUGUUCAAAGCAGCUGCCGUAUCUCUGCAGCAAACCCCAACCUCACCUGUAAUGGAAGUGAGGGAGAAAGGACCUUCUCCAUCCUGAAGACACAGCUUUCCUUCUUCCACUAGCCCAGGGAUGUCCUUCUGCGGGUGAAUGUUUACUUUCUGACACAUCUCAGCACAACCUCAGGAACCUCGGUGCCUUUUGUCAUCGUUACCUCAGUAGCUGAUCUCAAGGUGAACCUGCAGGGACAUGAUGUGGAAGUGGAUGUGUGCCUUCAUGGACUAGAGGCUUCUUUCUCCACAAGUUUUCCUAAUUUUCUACGACUGUUUAUAUUGGUGUAGGUGCAUAACACCACGGUGCUUUAAUGUGCGCAUGUGAAGUAUUUUUACCCUCUAAGGAGUCUUUCUGCUGUGCCUUUUGCAAUCGGUUAUGUCUAUCUCAUAUUGGCCUCAUUAGCCACCAGCGUGCCUGUAACAAAUGUGGAUAGAGCCUUCCUUAAUCUUCGUUCGUGAAGCCUAGCCAUGACAAAUGAAGUAUUUAGCCGCUGCUGAAAGCUAUAUGAACCUAUGAAUGUGAAUGUAGAAUGUCCUGAUUGUGGCCUCAGCAGAGUUACUGUAUCAGUGCUGCCGCUGUGCUUCUCUCUCCUUCUCCUUUUUUUACAUUUAUAUUAAAGUUUGUACGACCCCA